GUCCGGCUUUGCGCGGCCCCUUCUGGCCCUGGAUGCUUACUUCCGGUUACGCAGCCUACUUCUCGUUGAGCAGCCCACUUUCGGCGCCCGGCUGCUCAAAGCCCUAUCUACUUCCGGCGCUCAGAUCGGUGGCCAUGAGGACUCCCGGGCUGAGCGCGCUGCAGCUGCUGCUGGUGCUUUGCGCAUGGCGGGCGCGAGCGGGCUGUGCGCGCUGCAGCUACACCUUCGUGCUGCCACAGCACAACUUCACCGGCGCGGUGUGCUGGAGCAACCCCGCCUCAGCAAAGCGGGACUCAGAGGCCGCCAACGCCAGCGAGGUGGCUGAGCUGCGCCUGCGCGUGAGUCGCCAGGAGGCGCUGCUACAGGAGCUCCUUAGGAUAAAGGAGGACCGCACCCACACCGAUGAGGCGCAGGUGACGCGCUGGCAGCAGCUGGAGAGGAAGUUGGAGGAGCUGGCGCAGCUGGUGGCCCGGCAGGGUGGUGUCCUCGCCCGCCUGGAGCGCCUGCCCUCCGGGUCGCAGCAACAGGUCCUGCCACCGCCCCUGGCACCGGUGGUUCCCAUCAGUCUAGUUGGAGGGGCCAGCAAUACCAGCAGGAGGCGGGACCCAGCCCCAGAGCACCAGGGAGACCAGAGCCUGAGACAGCAGGGGCCUGUGACUUCUCCUCUGCCUGUGGGGCACCUGGCUGUCCCCACCAGGCCAGUGGGCCCAUGGCGGGAUUGUGCAGAGGCCCAUGGGGCAGGCCAUAGGCAGAGUGGAGUGUAUGAACUGAGGCUAGGCCGGCGUGUGGUGUCUGUGUGGUGUGAACAGCAACAGGAGGGUGGAGGCUGGACCGUCAUCCAGCGGCGGCAAGAUGGCUCUGUCAACUUCUUCACCAACUGGCAGCACUAUAAGGUGGGCUUCGGGAGGCCUGACGGGGAGUACUGGCUGGGCUUGGAACCUGUGUACCAGCUGACCAGCCGCGGGGACCACGAGCUGCUGGUGCUUCUGCAGGACUGGGGGGGUCGCGGGGCACGUGCCCACUAUGACAAUUUCUCAUUGGAGCCCGAGAGCGACCACUACCGCCUGCGGCUUGGUCAAUACCAUGGGGAUGCUGGUGACUCCCUCUCCUGGCACAAUGACAGGCCCUUCAGCACCGUUGAUAGAGACCGAGACUCCUAUUCUGGUAACUGCGCACUGUACCAUCGUGGUGGUUGGUGGUACCACGCCUGUGCCCACUCUAACCUCAAUGGUGUGUGGCACCAUGGGGGCCACUACCGGAGCCGCUACCAGGAUGGUGUCUACUGGGCCGAGUUCCGUGGGGGAGCGUACUCUCUAAAGAAGGCUGCCAUGCUCACCCGGCUGGUGCAGCUGUGACUGUGUUCCUGUCUGUCCCCUUAGGUCUUGAGGGGGGGGGUCUCUCUCUAGUCUUGAACUCCCAUCUUAUAGCAACACAAGGUUUCCACACA